UGCUCUUCUUGGGAAAUGGGGAGUUUUUCUUUUGCAGCUGCUCUGCUGCUGACUCACAGCAGCAAAAUUUAACAGUGUUUACAAGGCUAAACAUCAAAAAGUACUAAUUUCAUAUGCAUAAGGCAUAAAAGGAGGUGAGGGCCCCUUUGAUCCACUGUCUCUCUCAGUACAACUAAUGGUUUCUUUCCCAAAGCCAAGAGCAUCUUCUGUGUACCAUUCCUAUAUAACAACCAUCAGAUGUAGCUGUGAAAGGAGCUGUGGCAUUGCUCAUAGCUGUCACCUCCUAUAUGCCUUCGGAGACAAGCCACCAUAAGACGAGCACCAAAAAAGAUGAACCUCUGCUUUGUCUCCUUGCCUUCCACACAGCCCAUGCCAUACCCCACUUUUAUUUAGGGGAUAGCUCAGACAUGAGGUUGUUGUUUACUGAGUAUACUGAUUGUGAGGGCAGUAUGCAGAGCUGGCACGAUAAGAAAAAUCUGACAAAUGAGCCCUGUGCUAAACUCACUUCUUUUUUCAUACAGUAGUCACUUGAGUAUGACUCUCCAGAGACGAGUCUUAGUCUCUCCUGAUCUUCUAAGCAUACAGCUUUCAUAGUUAUGCUAUUUCCAGAAGAUGUGACUGCAAGAAUAAGUCACCAGUCACUUAUUCUGUCUUUCUUUUGGUCAACUCUCCAGUGUGAUUUAGGUGAUGCAGCAGAAGAGAUUGACUUGACUGUGGUUUACCAAGCAGCAGCUAGUGGUGAUGUGAACACAUUAACUGCAGCAAUUCGAGAAGAUCCAUCCAUCCUAGAGUGCUGUGACAGUGAGGGUUGCACACCUUUGAUGCAUGCUGUGUCAGGACGCCAGGUUGAUACAGUGAAGCUUCUGUUGAAGAUGGGAGCCAAUAUUAAUACUCAAGAUUCUUGUGGACGUACCAGUUUAUCUCUGGCAACUUAUCUGGGCUGGCUGGAAGGAUGUGUCAGCUUGCUCAGAAACGGCGCUAAGCAGAACAUACCUGACAAAAACGGGAGGUUGCCACUUCACGCUGCUACUGCGGAGCCUGAUGUGAGGCUUCUGAACGUGCUUCUGCAGCAGUCAAAUCUUAGUGAAAUUAAUCACCAGGACAAUGAGGGAAUGACUUCACUCCACUGGGCUGCUUUCCAUAACAGGCCCCAGCACACCCAGACUUUGCUGCACAAGGGAGCAGACCUGACUCUGGUGGACAAAGACUUGAAAACAGCUCUGCACUGGGCAGUACAGAGUGGCAACAGGAUUCUGUGUUCCAUCAUUCUGAACCACUACCAGGGACCAUCAAUAAUAAACUACGAUGACGAGAGUGGCAAAACAUGUAUGCACAUUGCUGCUGCUGCAGGCUACAGUGAUAUUAUCAGUGAGCUGGCUAAAGUCCCAGAGUGCAACCUGCAGGCCCUUGAUGUGGAUGACAGGACACCUUUGCACUGGGCUGCAGCAGCAGGGAAAGCUGACUGUGUGCAGGCACUGCUAGAGCUUGGGAUAGACAGCAGCCCUCGAGACAUCAAUGAAAACACUCCUCUGACAUAUGCAAUGUACUGUGGGCACACAGGAUGUGUAAAGCUGCUGUCUCGGGAGAGCAGUAGAUCAGAGCCCAUUCAUCAGUUUCCUCCCCUAAAGAAAGAAGGACGAUUACGUAUGCUGAACUAUAUUUUCUCCUGCAAAAAGAAGAAAGAUGAUCAGAAAACUGUUCAGAAGGAGAGAAGCAGAGACAGAUAUCCUAGAGAAGAGACCUCAGAAGUAGAUGACAUCAUCGCCACUUUUGAUUGCAUUAUGGACACAAACUGCAAAGACAUUUCAGACAAAUAUGUGACCACCACUGACUUUAAAAGAAGGAGCACAGACACAAAGUACCUCAUACCAGAAAAGAAGCAACCAGAGUGUCAGGGACUCCUGGCCAUCAGAACCCAGAGCCUUCCCCCAAUUACUGUGGGCAGUUCCUUCCUAACUGCUUCCCAGAGCACAACCUCCAGAAUCAGCACCCACCAUUUUGCUCACAAGUCUCAAAAGAGUAGGAGUGAACACAACUUGCUGGACCACAGAAGCAGUUGCCAGGCUUUGUUGGAUGAUCCUUGGAACACAGACUCUAACCAAAUAUUUUCCUACAAAGUCUGUACAAAGAAUCCUUCAGACAAACUGAUAAAUGGCUUAAAUUCUGAUAAAUCUCACCAUGUGCUUUUGUGCCCUCCCUGCCUUCCCUCACUUCCCAGUUCUCCAUCAGGUAAAAAUUUUCAACAAAUGUCUGUAGACCAACCCAAAAUAAAAAAUCUUACUCCUGUGUGGAACAGCUUACCUCCUAUACCCAACCGCUGUGCUCAUAAAAUUCAGCUGCCAUCUCAGGGUGCUAAGAAGUUUAAGUCCUUGCCUUUAGAUUCACUAAGAACUGGUGCAGUUAUACUCCCACCAGCCCUGGUCUCCAGAUCCCAGAAAAGGGAACAUUCUCAGAAUCAUUCACUCAAUUCUCUAUUGCCUGGUCUAUCAGGAGAGCCUCUGAAACCAAGCUGUGUCCUACCUGCUAUCCGAAGCCAGAAGAACCCUAAUCCUUCAGAAGAGCUUGAGAAAUCUCUUCCCAAACCAGACUCUGAAAAUUAACUCAUUGCAUUGGCCUCAGUCAGUUGAAAGAACUUGCUACAAUACAGAUGAUGUACAGCAAAAUCUCAUUAAUUUGGACUAAAGAUGCUCUUGUGAACUGGAGCAUAAAUGAACAAAACCCAAGAAAGACUAGCACAUCACAAAAGCUGCACUGUAUACUUAUUCUGGAAUUUUCAUUCUAGUUUUCAUUUAUUAUUAAAUUACUAAUCAGUGUUGAAUAUGCUGUAAAUAUAUUUUGUGAGUGGAAACCUCAUAACACACAAUUUUGUUGCAGCAAAAUGCUGCUUAACCUUCAUAGAAAACAGGAAGAAAUAGUAAGGAUUUCUGUGUGAUUUAAAGGUCAGGAUUAGGGAAACAGACUCACAGAGAUUCUCAGUAGUUUGUAAAUGCAAAGGUGCUGAUUCUGAGGCUCUGUGCCACCAAAAAUAUCUUUUCUAAUAUUAAACCAAUAAGCUCAAAAUAAAGAG